CGUCUACUAGUCGAGGUUUUAGGAACGACGUUUGCUGUGGUUAUGUGAGAUUGAUAAUUCACAUUCGUGUUAGAUUAAUGGAAAAAAUAUCUCUCCCUAAAUAUGGAAAUUGAUAGACGUAAUUUUCGUGACUUAAGCAAACUGAGAGUUCUACACCUUGAACAUUUCCACAGUCGUAAAUAACCAGUCUUGUGUUACUAUUUACUAUACGAGUGUGUGUGUAUGACGUAUGAAAUUCAAGAAUAAGUUGAUAUGAUAUGCCAUGCCGCCCAGAUUUCUUAAUGUUUAUUACAAAGUUAGACUCUAGUAGAUCACGGCCUUAUCGUAACACGGAGUAAACAAUACAGUCCGUGAACAUCCUUGGGUUUAAAACAUCUUAAAACAGUUGCAGCGUUACAGAGAUAACGGGGAUUUAGUUACUUAUUGACCACAUAAAACAGAUAUUUGCAUUUAAUGAUUGUGAUUCUCUCUUAGCAAUAUGACUGAUGUAGAUAUAUGGAUUGAAAUCGCCAAGGAGUGCAAGUAUCUUCCCGAGAAUGAUCUGAAGAAACUAUGUGAUAUGGUCUGCGAUAUUCUGUUAGAAGAGUCAAAUAUUCAACCAGUAUCAACGCCAGUUACGGUAUGCGGGGAUAUACAUGGGCAGUUCUAUGACUUAGAAGAACUUUUCCGAAAUGGAGGACCUGUUCCAGAGACUAAUUAUAUUUUCAUGGGAGACUUCGUGGAUCGAGGCUACUACAGUUUAGAAACUUUCACAAGACUUCUCACUUUAAAAGCAAAAUGGCCAGACCGUAUUACUUUGCUGAGAGGUAAUCACGAGUCGAGGCAGAUCACCCAAGUAUAUGGUUUUUAUGAUGAGUGCCAGAACAAAUAUGGAAAUCCAAAUGCAUGGCGUUACUGCUGUCGGGUGUUUGAUCUUCUUACAGUUGCAGCGCUCAUAGAUGAGCAGGUUCUGUGUGUUCAUGGUGGACUCUCUCCUGACAUUGUAACAUUGGACCAGAUUCGAAGUAUAGAACGAAAUCAAGAAAUCCCUCAUAAAGGUGCCUUUUGUGAUUUGGUGUGGUCUGACCCUGAUGAUGUGGAGACAUGGGCUGCUAGUCCAAGAGGAGCGGGAUGGUUAUUUGGAGCAAAAGUGACACACGAGUUCAUGUCUAUAAACAGCCUCAAAUUGAUAUGCAGGGCACAUCAGCUCGUUCAUGAAGGUUACAAGUACAUGUUUGAUGAUAAGUUGGUCACAGUCUGGUCAGCACCAAAUUACUGUUAUCGAUGUGGUAAUAUUGCUUCUAUCCUUGAAUUCACCACAAUUGAUAACAAAGAACCAAAACUCUUCCAAGCUGUUCCAGAUUCUGAACGAGUUAUACCACCUCGGACGACGACACCAUAUUUUUUGUGAUGGUUCAUGUGACACCUGAAAUUGUGUGAACACCAAAUCUGAGAGAAUACUCAGUCACUUUCCACUUCCAAAGACAGUAGUACUAUCUCUGAAAAUGUAUUUUUAUAUGGUGCAGAUAUUUCAAAAUUUGUUAUCAUAUACAUGUAAAGUGUGUAUGUGUGCAUGUUUGUUCGCUUGUGGCCAGGGAAAAGGGCAUGCAGAAUCCAAGCUAUGCCUGAAGGGCUGUCUGGCUGACCUGUGAGGAAAAGAAAUCUCCAACAUGUUUUAAUUGAAGAUUUUAAAUUCUUAUAUUAUUAAUUCAUGUUUCAAUAAUUUCAGUGGUAUUGUUUGAAGUUAAUUUGGAUGUUUAUCAGGAAAGAUCACUGGUGAAAGCAAAUUUUGGCAUUUUUAAGGUGUUUUUAGUCAUACAACCAGUUAAUAAUAGUCACGAAAUCCAAUUGGUACCCAAAAACAUAUAUAACAAAUACAUGCAGUGAGCUGCCCAUAAAAUUGUAAGAUUAAGAAAAAGUGUAGAAAAUGUAACUGUUUUGGAGUAAAGUGCAAAGGACUGACAAAGUGGAAAAGGAUUUGAAAAACAAUAACACAUGUGGAAAGUACAAAAACUUCAGACUCUGUUGGAAGUACAGCUGAUGGGAACAGUAACAUUUCUUCAGUAGCUGCAAACAACGAUUUGUAUACAGCUGAGACAUGAUGCAGGGAGUAUUUCUUCUGUAGUUUUCAUGGUAGAAUUGAUCUAAUGGAGUGCUAUCUGAGGUCUUAUGAGAUGAAAAUAGUAAAUUUAUUUAGUGAAUGAGCUUAAAAAUGGGUAAUGAAAGUUUCUAAAUUCAGAUAUGGUUUUAAAACAGGUAUUUAACUGUAAGGCUAACUGAGUUGUCUGUAUAAUUGUACUGUUGAGAAAAAGUAGAAAAUGUAACUUUUUUGGAGCUGUUUAAUUCAGUAUAAUUCUGUUUGCAUCAUUGUUCACACAGAAAAUUAAGUAAUGGAUCAGUGCCUCCAUUCAUGUUAGUGAGCUGUGGAUGGUUUCAUUGGACAGUAUUGUUGAGAAGUGAUAAAGCAAAUAUGAGUGCCCAGAUAAAAUUUAUGAAUAAAAAUCCAUAUGUAAUGCCCAAGUAAAAUUUGGAUACCUCAAGUAUUAAAGAAUAUAUUCCAAGCUGGACUGAAUAUUUCGCAUAUAAGGUCCCAUGUCAGUUUCUGUGAUGAUGUGAUUGCAGCUUAUGAUUGAAUGACAUAUCACAGUGGUCAAGACACUGAACUGGUAUUAGAGAGGGUGGCAUUUCAGAUCCCUGUGUGGGCAUCCACAUUUAGGUUUCCAGUUAUUUCCAUUAGUUGUUUAAGUGAAUGCCAGAAUGGUUUGUUUGAAAGAACCCACUCGAUUUCCUUUUUGAGUCGGAGCUUUUGCUCUGUCUGUAAUGACAUUGUCAUUGGUGGACGAUUAAAGUCUGUUUUUCUUCCAGCUUAUUCAAAAUAAUGUGGCUGAGUACACAUUUGUUGAGACUCUUGUGCAAUCUCCUAAAGAAUUUUAAAUGUUUUAAUUCUAGUGGACAUACUAUACAUAGAAACACGUUUGGAUUUUUCUUUGAGUUUGACUAACCUCUUCAUUGGUUUCCAUUCAUUGAGGAAUGUGGAGAGUCAAGCUCCUUAGGUUACAUAAAAAUUCAACCACCAAAUACAGGUAGAAAUAGAUGGCCACAGUAAGUAUAACAAAAGGAGGGGGGGAAAGAACAAUAGUUAUUAGUCUGGUCAGUGAUUAGUGCCUAUUUCCUUUUUAUGGGUGUAAAAGUUGUUUAGAAGUGGCUUCCAGUCCAAAUGUUCUGGAGAUAAAAUUUGCCAUGGUGUGGAAAGAUGUAUUGUUGGACAAUAACUUGAUGACUGUAUCAUCUUGUGAUUGAUUCUGUAUUUAAUUGUUGGUCUGUUGUCCAAUGUCACAGCAUGUAGGAAUUAUACUCUGUAUUGCUGUCAAUGCAGAUUCCUUCAUAAGAUGUGCAAUCUCGUGGGUAACAGGAUUGAAACCAAUCAACGUAUUCAGUAUUCUUGCCUGUAAACUCCAAGUCUCAGGUAGUCUUCAGUUUGUCAAAAACCUAGGAUUGUUCACUCACCAUGUAGUGCAGUUCCGUAGUAUGCCUGCAUAAUAAAGUCAACAGUGAAGUUUUGAAGCUCAGACAACUUGAGUAAUCAUUCUAAGUCUACAACAUAAUGCACGUUCUUUCUUCAUUUUAGCUAUUUUAUUUGUACAUCAUUACAAGCAGCUAUUACAGAAAAGUUCAUAAGAUGUUUUGUUUUCUCCAGUGAUUGACUGAUUGCCAUAUUUAUGUCUUUCAUUUUGCUACAUCCUUGGAGUCUGCAUAUUUAGAAACAUCCACCACAUUUAGUGUCUGUCAGUAGUUGUGGCAACGUCAGUUGUUACCAUUAAACACACAUGAAUUUAGUCUAAGAGAUAGUACAAGGAAAGUUUGUAAAAAAGACAAGGUUAAAUUUUUAGAUAUGAACAAACACCUCGAAAGUUGAAGCAUAGCAAAUCGAGAUGAGCAAUAAGGAGAUUGUCAGGUACUUUAAAGACCUGCUGCUAAUUUGAAAACAGAAAUGAAAAUAACUAUUAUGAUCUGUAGUGUGUAGGCAGAAAUAAUGUUGUUCUGAAUGACAGUAUUAGUAAUCAGUUCAGAUCAAUUUUUGUGAGCUGUGAUAGGGGAAGAAAUUUGUUGUUGCCUUGAUGAAGACAAUGUCAUAUCAUUUACUACUUUUGACAGUUCAGAAUGAAUACUAAACAUCGAUAGUAAUGUCAUAUUGCUUCCUUACUAUGAACUACUAUGUUUGUAGAAUAACUAGCAAACAGGUAAAUACUUUGAUUUUGGGGGAAAAAAGUUGCAGAUCUAUUUGUGUGCUGCUCAAUUGAGAGAAUAGUCAAGUAUGAAUCUGGCAGGUAGUAGCUGUCAGAUAUGUGACAGACAUUAAUUUGUAUAUGAUAUUUAAAGUUUGUUGAAGAUUUCUUAUGUUGAAAAAUUUCAUGUUUUAUAUUAAAAUAAAAGUGUUUGUCAAUUUUUGUUCUUAAA